AUGAUUAAUGGGCUGCGUAAGAAUGGAUAUGUUAACAAUGCUAUUAUGUUGUUCAGGAACUUGCAACGGCAUAGAUUCAUUCCUGAGUGUAGGCAGUUUGACGAAGCGUUAGAGAUCUUGCAUGAGAUGAGGAGUAAAGGGUACACUUUCGAUGGCUAUGCAUACUGCACAGUGAUUGCUGCGCUGAUAAAGAUCGGGCGGAUUGAAGAGGCAGAUGAAAUCGUCAGGCUGAUGCAGCAUAGUGGAAGAUUAGAUGAUGCCAUGAAGUUACUUGGCGAGAUAGAGAAAGAAGGUCUGGAAUGCGAUCAAUAUACACACACGAUUAUAAUUAAUGGAUUGUGCAAGGCAGGAAACUUUUUAGGUGCAAAACAGCAUUUGAUUUAUAUGAACUCACUGGGGUUUGGUUAUAAUUUGGUUGCACAUAACUGUAUUCUUCAUGGAUUGGGUAAAGCAGGUCAUAUUGAUCAUGCAAUGAAAUGGUUCGAAUCGAUGGAAGUUAAAGACUCUUUCACGUAUACCAUCAUAGUGCACAACCUUUGUAGGGCUAGAAGGUUCCUUUGUGCCUCCAAGAUCAUGGUUUUGUGUCUAAAUUCUGGGUUUCGGAUCUUAAGGGCUACUCAGAGAGCUGUUAUUGAUGGUCUUUGUAGUAUAGGAUAUACAAAUGAAGUCAGGAAACUCAAGCUUAAACUACGAGUGAUUCGACUAUUACAUGUUAAAUCGCAGUUGAUGUUUGAGUCUUCAGAUAUUAUAAUACUUUGCUGA